CCCUUGCAAACAUCAUGGAGGAGUAGGGUUGCAAACGCUGCUGUGCAAAAGUGCCUCAAGAAGUAUGAUCAGAACCUUGAGAGCUAGAUCUGUUGCCCAGAGAGUAGAGUGCGAGGCAGUAAUGUUUGCUAUUUUUUGCACUGGAAUGGAGAAGGUUUUAGUGUAAAGUCAGGAGAGGGGAGUGGAAGCAUCAUGUUUCCCUUGGCUGUGUUGCCUUCCCUCCUGCGACGAGUCCCUUGCAAGGACCAGGCACUGGGCUGGUCGGUGCAGGGGUUUCACCAGCUCCAGGGGAAAGCCUUUCUCAGGGCUUGGGUCUCCUCCAGGCUUGGGCCAAGCUUGAGCCACAUCUUGCAACCUGGGAUCUCUUUGGAAAGAGAGAAACGGGGGGUCUGGACGCCUUCUGGGGGGCUGAGAGCUGGAAAAUCAGACCCCAGCAGCACCCAGGUGGCUGUGCAAAGGAAGCAGAAAGGAGGAGCAACUCUCUCAGCUGCCCAGAAAGUGAAAGAAGCUGGAAGAGAUUUCACCUACUUGAUAGUGGUGGUAGUCGGGAUUGGAGUCACAGGUGGUUUAUUCUAUGUUAUUUUUAAAGAAUUGUUCUCUUCUUCCAGUCCCAGUAAGAUUUAUGGAGAUGCCUUGGAGAAAUGCAGAGCUCACCCUGAGGUAAUAGGUGUUUUUGGUGAACCCAUAAAAGGCUAUGGUGAAGCAACUCGACGUGGGAGAAGACAACUGGUCAGCCAUAUUGAGUAUGUAAAAGAUGGACUGAAAUACAUGCGCUUAAAGUUCUACAUUGAGGGCUCAGAAAAGGGAAAACAAGGGACUGUUCAUCUAGAAGUGAAAGAGGUACAACAGCUUCUGUGACAAUCCUGAAAGUGGAAAAUAUGAAUAUCGUUAUAUCUUUGUGGAUAUUGAUGUCUAUCCGAGAAGAACCAUUAUAAUUGAAGACAAUAGAUAGUGAAACAACUGAAAGAACAUUUCAUUGUUGUGAUUCGUCUUCAUGGUACUGCAUUUCAUUGAAAAAGGAUAAAUGGAACAAAUGUUGACUGGAAGGUUGUAUUAUAUCCUGAUGAAAUAUUCAUGUAAUGCCAGUGGAACCGGUGAUCGUAUGUAUAAUUCUUCAGAAUAAAUACAGGGAGUAGGGAAUCAUGAUUUUAAUAGAAAAUGUAAACAGUGCUGACGCAUAUAAUAUGAAUUGGCAGCAGCCUGUGACAACAGCAAGAUAUGAUUCAUCUAAGAUUGUUAACAGUGAAUCAUAGUUUUAUACUCUCAUGCACAUACUCAGCUUUCUAGAAUUUCAAAAUCAAUUUUUCUGUUUGAAUUUAGACUUCAUACUGGUGCUGCAGUAAAGAAACAUAUGAAACAUACAAACUACUCUUGUCCUUUUGUGCACAGAAUUUAUGUUCAAUUUAAGCUGUACAGCAUCUGUUUAUAUUGCUUGUUGUAAGAAAAAUAAAGCCACAAUACCAUUGAGGUGGCAAACUGCUUUAUA